AUGCAUUCCGUACUUUUUCUUUCCCUUUUGCUUACCGCAAAAGCGGCUGUAUUACCGGCAAUAUCUCCACUCGUACUCCCCCCUGCUUGCGAAGAAGCGUAUGAGGACAUUGACCUGGUCGAGCUCAACGAUGGACCUACUACUUCUGGAGACGCGGGCAUCGGAGCAGAGUUUGAAACUCCCCGAAUCCAGUUUUCAAACGAUCAAUGCAGCCUCGAAGAUACCUUUUUAGCAAAACGCAAGACGGUUCAGGGCCGUUUUGGGGCGAACUUUGUGCUUUCAGUAGACACUUCUGUCGAACAAGGCAAGGGAAAACUCAGCGCGGAGUAUGUCUUGGAUGGCAGGAACAUUAGAGUCGGCGAUGGGAGCGCUGCAACCGCUGGCAGAGCAGCUCAUGACGACUUGGCGAGUUGGACACCUUGGAGUGAAAACCCGCCAAAUCAGGUUACCAUUGAGAACUACCAGCAAUGUUCCGGUCCUUGGACCGUCAGGGGCCUAAAUGAAAACACGAACAAAGACCAGAUUCAGUGGGCUCCUCAAAUCACUGCAUCGAUGCCUCUAGAAGCGCUAUACUCCUUGAUGAAAGAGAAUGUACAAGGCGUAAAGGACAGCAGGAACAUCCUUAAUGGCGACACUGGUAUCACUAGAGGCCAAAACAUCCAGCUAGUCACCAAAGUUUAUUUCACCAACCACCUCUCGCUAAGAGUCGAUGUCGAGAAGAUCAAUGACGCAGUGCUUGGAUUCUGUACUCUGGUCUUAUCUUACGCAAAGGCUGCGAACAAGCCGGUAGAUCCGAACGAUCCAAACACUCAGGAGAUGAGUCCUAAGUCGUGGAUUCCGUUCAUGCCACGAACGGAAUUCGUCACGAUUUACAGCGCAGUCAAGUCAUUUUUUCCUGCUGACAACGAGCUCUUCGAUAUCUUCAACACACUCGCAUGCUACAAAACAGUCUUCAAGAAAGGUAAAUUUCAAGCGAGUAUCGAUAGCGACUACUGCACUGGGGCGGUCGAGAACCCUGUACCUGGUGACAGAUUUGGAGGUCUGCAAUACAACUAUAUCGGCAAUUUUCCCAAACCGGGCAUUCCUACCACCCUGAGUAUCAAGGAAUGGAUUGAGGAUAUCGACAAAGGCAGUCCAAGCCCAGAUUUGUUGACGACAUUCGACAAACAGUACGAUGAAUCCAUCGGUGGCCUUGGAACUCAGGUCGAGAAGAUGUUCAGGCUGGACCGCACAGCGCCUUUAUUUGAAUUUCGAGACCUCGCUCCUCUGACUACCGCGGACUUCGAACAGUUCAUGGGCGACGUAGACUCGUCUAUUCAGACACUGCACCAAAACUUCGCCGCUCGGCCCAUGAAGAAAGUGAAACGCGACGCCAGCGCUUGCCCGUUCAGUACCGCUGCCGGUUCAACUACGACGCCCCCUGCUAGUCCAACUACAACGCCCCCUGCACAGCCAAGUUGUGACGUCCAAGAUAUGGAUCCUGGUCUCGGAAUAACGUCUGAAGGCUGCAUCUGUCAAGGGUCAAGCACGUGGCAAGCGCUCUCGACAUCAUCCGGGGCGACUUACGGCGCUCAAUGUGCCUACACCGCACCUCCAUCCAACAGUGCGCAAGCGACCAUCACCCAGGCGCCUAUGAAGCCCCAAACGAAUUCUCAAGCCUGCAUGGUCUGCACGCCUCAGCCCAACUUCGAAGAUGACUGCACGUCGAUGCCGAGCUGCACUCCACAAACAGCCUACGCCACGGCAACCGUAAACUCAUCUCCCGUGCACUACGGCACACUUUCACAAGACGCGUUAUUCACCGGGAUAAGCACCGCGCUUAAAUCAGCCUGCAGCAGCAUUACCACCGGUACGACGACCGUUUCCGGAACGGCUACACCGACAGUUGCCUGCAACAAAGACAGCGAUUACACGAUCAACAACAAAGUGCCCUACGAAAAUGACGGUGUCCUCGCGAACGAUGGCACACUGAGUAUAAACAUCGGCUCCUACGCCGCCAGAGCCGACCAGUUGAACGCGCUCCUCGCCGUCGCGGCAAGCAUGGUGACUAAAUCCGCCAACUCGAGCGAGAAGAGCUGUCACACCAUGCAUUACGAAGAGCCGAUCGUAAAGCCACGCGGGAUAUCCGGACGCUCGCUCUUUUUAGGGCUUCCCUCUCUCUUCGCACGAGACCAUCCCGUCCCAACGUUUAGCUCGAUGCGGGUAUGCAACGGCCCCGCCGUAGUCGUAGCCAGUUACUGGGCGCCCGGAUAUCGGGAUCGCAUUGGCAGUGGCAAUAAAGCCCCGAGUCCCGAUGCCCAGUUGACUGCCACUUUGAAGUUCACUAAGGGCGCCGACGGGGAUUUCUUCUGUGAGGUUGUGGCGGGGUUGGCGGGGGCUAUCUUGGUCGAGGCUGCACCGGAGUUAGCUGAGCUCGAUAUCCUUGGGGCUGAGCAGAUCCAGGCUGCUUGUGAAGAAUUAAAUCAGUGAGGGAGACAAUAUGAAUUCGAGUAUGAAGAGCUGGCGGCUUUUUGGCGGAUGGCAAUGAAUCUACUCAGCGCGUGGGCAAUAAGAGAUACAUCAUCGUGGGCGAUGCAUUUGUUCCAGAGUACGAGAUAGGACACAGAAAGCACCGGAUCGACGGUCGCGGAGGAGUGGUGCACGAGAUCCAGAUUUGAAGAGAAUUUGUCGUUUGCUACAAGCGGAAUAUACCUAAUACGAAGUAGUGCACGACUUGGAAUCAAGCUCAUGGAUCAGCGAUGCGAUCUUGAUUAUGAGGGGGUCGCAGAGCCAGUAGACACCGUUUGCUGCGGUUCGGAUAUUGUCGCGGUCCUCGUGUAAGCAUGGACCCCGACACUGUAACA